AAGUUAAGUUCGACCGACUUCACUUGGUUGCUUCUCUGUGAACGCCUCGUCGUUCCUCAGGAACACGAGCUAGACCAAUAGCAUUCCUGCGUUCCUCAGGGCCGGCACCGCAGAAGUCCCUGGGGACGGCGCUCGUGCCUCCAUCCGAAACUUCAUCUCUUGCAAGCUGUCCCUGCGCGAAAAUGACCGAGAAGUGAGGUAGUUCCCAAGAGGGAUGGAAUAGCUUCUGCCCAAAUUCACCACGAUGGACAAUGAGGAAUAUGUCGCCGGAUUCUGUGCUGAUUCGUGCUGCUGAAUAGCGACCGCCGCUCGAUCGGGUCUACCUGGCUUCCCUCUCCCAGACCGAAGGUUUAAUUCGCGACUACCAGCUGGGCCACCGAGUUGCUCCCUCAUUUGCUCUUCUCCCUUGCUUGAUUCGGCUCUCUUCAGCGCUACUCGUUUAUAGGCGAUGUACGAAAUGAGGCUCGCCGUUCCGGUGCGGCUCCUCUGUACGAAACCCGGAAAGGUUGUCGGCAACGAGUUCAAUAAGCUCAUCGACCACUAUUCGAAGUUCAACCCUUCGCCUCUUUCGAUCAAACAAUUCCUCGACUUUGGAGAGCGAGCCAAUCCUGCAGAGUCUUUCGCUUUUUUGCGUAAAGAGGUGCCGGUUCGCUUGGCAAAUAUUAUGAAGGAAAUCGAGCUCCUCCCGCCGCAGCUCUUGAAAAUGCCGUCGGUCAGACUGGUGACAUCGUGGUACCAGAGGAGUUUCAUGGAGAUCGCUGAAUUCGAUAAGCUCCACAAGGGUACCCCGACCGAUUCUGUGCUCAGCGAUUUCACGGACACACUGACAAGAGUUCGAAAUCGACACAAUACCGUCGUUCAAACUAUGGCAGAAGGCGUUCUCGAGCUCAAACAGCAGCACAAGAGCGACGUCUCCUCGGAACACACCAUCCAAUAUUUCUUGGAUCGAUUUUACAUGUCGAGGAUAUCGAUCCGAAUGCUCAUAAACCAGCACACCUCAUUAUUCGGAGUGCAGGAACGGCCCGCGGGCAAUGGCAGACAAGUUGGUGUCAUCGAUCCCCAUUGUGAUAUAACAUCGGUCUGCCUCGAUGCCUACGAGAACGCCAAAUUCCUCUGUGAUCAAUACUACCUGACCUCCCCUAAUAUGAUUCUCAAAUGCAUUCCCGAAGAGCCUCGGAUCCGAAUCGUCUACGUUCCCUCCCACUUGUACCACAUACUAUUCGAGCUUUUGAAGAAUGCGAUGCGCGCCGUGGUGGAGCAUCACGGAACAGAGGCUGACCUCCCUGAUCUCCGAGUGCUGAUUGUCGAAGGCAAGGAAGAUAUAACCAUCAAGUUGAGUGACCUAGGUGGAGGCAUUCCGCGGAGCGCGAGCGACCUGCUGUUCCAAUACAUGUAUUCCACUGCACCCGAACCAAGUUCGACGAACUCUGCGCCGCUAGCUGGCUACGGAUACGGUCUCCCCAUAUCGAGACUAUACGCGAAGUAUCUUCACGGGGACUUGACCGUCACAUCCAUGGAGGGCUACGGAACAGAUGCGCACGUUUUCAUUAAAGCUAUAUCGAAAGACUCUCACGAGAAACUCCCUAUAUUCAACAAGACCUCUUCGAAACACUACAACAUGGUGAUCGGCUCAAAUGACUGGUCGAGUCCAAUAAGUGGUGAGCGUAAAAUUUUGAGUUCCGGUAUCAUCGAGAAGAUACGUUCGAUCCCAUGCGCAUAGAUACCUCACUUUUCAAAAUUUCGAGAAGGUGACCGAUGCGCUCCCCAUCUAUUUUAUCAGAGAGCUCAUUAGUCUAGAUGAAUGGAUAUCCGGAAUCUCGCUAACAAACUCAGGAUCCCCCUCGGUUCAUUGUCAGAUCGAAAGCCCAUGUUUGAAACUUCGGUCCGAUGAGUUCCUCACGUCGUGAGCAGGAAGCCAGAGAGCGCACCAGAAAGGAUCUCUAGACGCGGU